CUCUCUACCAUUGUUUGCCAAACCUGUCUCUCCCUUUCUCUCUAUCUCUCUCUCUCUCGGUGCCAAUGGCCGCCUCUUCCACCUCUUCUUCUUCAUCCUCCCCUGCCUCCGAUUCCACGUUGUCUUCCUCUCACCGCCGCCGUCGCCACCGUAGCCACCGAGACAGAGACAGAGACAGAGAAGCCCUCAAGAUCCGAAAGAGGAGCCGCUCUCAAACCAAACGACGUCGCAGACACCACCGCCACUCCGAUGACUCCCACUCUUCCUCUUCUGCCUCCGAUUCCUCCAGAAGUGACAGUUCUUCUGACAGUGAGCGUGGAACAUCUAGUCAUUCAAAGAGGCACAAGAAGACUGACAAGCCAAAGAAGAACAAGGAAAAGGACCGAAGCAAGAGUCAUCGCCAUAAACAGUACAGCCACAAACUUAAAGAGAAACAGCAGGAUGAGAGAAGUAGUGGCCCUGUUCAGCUAUCUAAGUUUUUAGGACGAGACAAGGACGACGGUGUUCGGCUUAGUGCCAUCUCUGGAAAAAAGAUUCGCUUGAAGGUUGAGAAAACAAAGGAGGAUAAAGCUGCAGAGAAUAAAAGAAACGAGUUGUUGAAAUUUUUAAAUGCUAGUUUUGAUUGAACUUUAGAGCCUGGAGUCAAGUCAAUGAAAUCAAGAUAGAAUGAAGAAAUUGAGUUAGCAACUUCUCGCAAGCUUAAUACCCAAGUUUCUAUAUCGAAGGCCAAGUUGCCUAGCAUGGGGCCAUAUUUUCCCAUUGUUGUUUCUGUUACCUGAAAAUUGUUAAAUUUCCAUCUGAGC